AUGGUGGAGACGCUGCUGCUCGCGUGCCACCUCGCCCUCUCUUUCGCCCUCCUCGCCGCCUCCCUCUCCCACCUCGUCGUUGCCACCGUCUCCCACCUCUCGCCCUCCUCCCUCCACCACCGCCUCAUCCGCCUGCUCCGCCACCCGCUCGUCCGCCUCCUCCCGCCGCUCCUCGCGCUCCCCUUCGCCUUCCUCCCGCUCGCCUCCACGCCCCUGCUGCCGCUCCUCCUCCUCCCUCCGCUGCUCCCGCUCCUCCCGCUCCCCUUCCUCCCUCCCCACCUCCCGCUCCUCCUCCUCCGCCCGCUCCUCCUCUCCCUGCCGCUCCUCCUGCUCGCGCGCGCGGCCGACCUCCUCGCCGCCUCGUUCCCGGCCUCGGACCUCCAGGCGCACGCGCUCGCUGUCGCGCGCCUCCUCCUCCUCGCCGCGGCGGCGGCCUCCCUCGCCUCGUCGCUCUCCGCCGCCGCGCCCAGGGGCUCGACGGCGGCCGGCGCCCAGUUCGUCGCCGAGGCGGGGCUCGCCUGCGCUGGCGCCGUGGGCGGGCUCUGGGCGGCGCAGAGCGGGCUCAGCCUCUACGUCGACGCGUGCGUGCCCGCGGGGUGCCACCGCCUCCUGGACGCCGGCGGCGCCGCGCCGCCCGCCACGCGGUGCGACGUCGAGGAGGCUAGGCUCAGGGCCGUCGCCAUCAUGGAUCUCGCCCUGUCCGUGCACUGCGUCGUCGUGGCUGCCGUCGUGGCCGGGGUGCUCCUCGGGGUGGCGAGGUGGUUCGGGGUUGACAGCAGCGCUGGUGUGGGGAGGAGGCAUAAUGGAUCCUCCUAUGAUGCAUUGCCCACAGUGGCGUCUGCUGGGGCAAUGGCGGAGAUGGAGCAUUUGCAGGGGAAGGGUGUUGGCAAGAGCGUGGCGCAGGAAUGA